AUGGCGUCUUCUUCCUCUUCCUCUUCCUCUACAACACCAACAUUAAUCAUUCCUGAAGACAAACCGACCAGUGAUACAAAUGAUUCUCGUCUUUCUCCGACUGUUUCAGUACCUCCGGCUACUGCUAUUUCUUCUUCAAGUGGAACAGCAACAAAAAAAUUAACAAAAAUUCUUUCCACUCAAUCAAGUUUCGAUCGUCAUCAUCCUGUACAUCCGAUUGCCAAACGCUUUUCAAUUGAUGCUGAUCCUUCGUCAAUCAUUUUAAGUACACACAUAGCUGAUUUUUCCAAUCAUCUAGCACAACAGCUAUCGACACCGGAUGCUGAAGAAACUCCAAUUCAUACUUCUUCUCCAACUAUUUUUGGUAAAGAUACAUCGCCUGCUCGAUCACCAUCAUUAAAACAGAGUGAUAGUUUUUUGGAAAUACCCUAUGAAAAAGGUGAAAUCGUCGAUUUAAUUAAAUUGGCUGAUGAUCCAAAUGCAGCAGCACAUAUUACAAAUGAUGGACACGAAGUAUUACUCGAACAUGGAGCUGUUCCCCAGUGA